AUGCUGGUUACCUAUUUAGAAGCCAGCCGGGAACUUUGCGAGACGGACUCAAUUCUUUUUGGCGCCGCACUGGCACUAUGCCGUAUUAUAGGCGCCAAACUUUCCACGGCUGGACGCGCUACUGGACAAAGUAGUGCUAUCCCAGCCUGGAGAAUAAGAAUUGAAGAACGUAUCGCAAAGGCUAGGGCCCUCAUCGGCAGACUGAUGUGCUUUAGGUCAGGCAAUACCAGGCCAAGGAUUGUGCGCACCGUCAGGAUGGCGUUUGCUGGGAUAAAUGUCAGUUUGUCCCAGCCGGAUAUAAUGCAAAAACUGACGGAGCGCAUAGACGACCAGAAGCAGAGAAUCGCUGCUUGA